AUGGAAGAAGUACCGGGUAAACAUGAUGGUACGUUCAUAUACGUAUACGAUGGACAUGUUUAUCAUAGCGAUAAACGAUGCAAUGGCAUCUAUCGAUGUUCAUCGCGGCGAAGUCUAGAUUGCUACGGGGUAUUGAAACGAAAUCAGGACGAGACGUACACAUUAAAAACGUCGCACAAUCAUCCACCGAACGAGACAACGUUACAAGAGGUGGAAAUGAAGCAGGAAAUGCUGCGAAUUUGCCGAGAGACAAUAAUGAAACCAAAAGAUAUAUUCGACAUGGUAUGCCGACGAAAUCCAGUGGCUGCGAAAAAUUUAACUUACCGUACUAUGAGAAGUUUUCUGUACAGAGAACAAGUACGUCACAGACCGGAGAUACCACAGACUAUUGUCCGUCUUGAAGUAGCAUUGAUGAAUUAUCAGCCCGCCGAACACAUUUAUAAAGGCACAGUACUAUCGGAUAAUGGCUAUAGAGCAGUGCUAUUUACAACUGAUACCCUACUAAACGCGCUAGCAACAUCCACAGAAAUAUUCAUGGACGGUACAUUUUCGGUCGUUCCCAGAGUGCCAUCCUUCGCGCAAUUAUAUACCAUUCAUAUUCGAUAUAUGGACACGGGUAUACCGGUCCUUUUUAUAUUGUGUCAGAAGCGCACCGUCGAUGUGUAUAAUGCGAUUUGGCGAAGGGUAAAGGAACUGCGUCCGGAUGCACUGCAAGGAGUGCAGUCAGUUAUGAGUGAUUACGAACGUGCGGCAAUGACAGUUGCAAGAGAGACUUUUCCAGAAGCACGUAUAACUGGUUGUUGGUUUCAUUUUAAUCAGGCCGUAUUAAGACGUUGGAAAGCAUUGGGUCUAAUGGUAGCCCCUAGAAAGGUUCUUGGUUUUACCAUGGCCUUGCCAUUGGCACCGGUCAAUGCAUUUGAGGAAGGAUUGCGAAUAAUACAAGAAGAGGCUGAUCUGAUAUCGACAGAGUAUCCUGCUGUAUUGCAGUUUACUGUUUAUUAA